UUUGCGAUAACGCCGGACAAACAUGACUUAGUCCACCCUGAUCUACUCCUCGCGUUCCUUUUCCCGUCUCGCCAGCAGCCUCUGCAAGUCCCAAGUCCCAUUGCCUGAUUUCCGCCCGGCUCACUCCUCAAUGAUCCUCUCGGCGCGUUGUCGGCGUUGAUCCUUCCAACUGUUGGGAAUCUUAUGGGGAAGUCGCAGCGACUCCAUCACGCUAAUUGAAACGGCUGCCUUCACCGGAUAAAGACAUCAGGAUGGUCAAUGGGAAGAAUGGCCAGCCGGAUGCUGGGCUGAGAAGCCUUGAUCAUUAUCGGAAUCAGCUCCCCUCCUGGCGUUACUGGCCACGACAAAAGCUUCUCCCGUUGAUUCGCUAUGAGACACCGUAUUUAGCCUGGUUCCAGGAGAGGAUCCGCACUCCGACCCUUGACUCCUACUUUGCCUUUACAGCCAAUCUGGGAACACACACCUUUUUCAUGGUCUUUCUGCCGAUCCUGUUCUGGUGCGGGUAUGCGAGCUUGGGACGCGGGAUGGUGCACCUUCUGGCUUCGGGUGUAUUCUUCAGCGGUUUUAUCAAAGACUUGCUGUGCCUACCGCGGCCUCUGUCCCCUCCUCUUCAGCGCAUAACAAUGUCCGGCUCCGCAGCGUUAGAAUACGGAUUUCCUUCGACCCACUCUACAAAUGCAGUCUCGGUCGCGGUGUAUGCGCUCUCAUUGUUGAACUCUCCCGAAUCGACUCUGAGCCCUCAGGCCAAUAUUAUCCUCCAAGCCAUAACGUACCUCUACGUCAUUUCGAUAGUACUUGGCCGUCUGUACUGUGGAAUGCACGGAUUUUCCGAUGUCAUCACGGGUUGUUUACUUGGUGCCUUCCUCGCCUACCUACAGUAUACGUUUGGACCUGCUAUUGACGAGUAUGUCCUUGCGGCAACCGGGAAAGGGGUCACACUAGUGGUCCUGUUGAUACUGGCGCUAGUUCGUGUGCAUCCGGAGCCUGCGGAUGAUUGUCCUUGUUUCGAUGAUAGUGUGGCUUUUGCGGGAGUGAUGGUUGGCGCACAAGUUGCUUACUGGCACAUCGCAAAGUCAAGUAUGGCGUUGGGUGGACCUGUGCCGGCCACUGUGCCAUAUGGAUUCGAGCGUGUGGGUGUGGUGAAAACGGCUUUGCGACUCAUUAUUGGCGUGCUUGUGCUCUUCACGUGGCGAGCACUGACGAAGCCAUUUUUGCUCCGGGUUCUGCCCCCUGUCUUUCGGGGCCUGGAAAAGCUGGGUCUAAUCCUGCCCCGGAGAUUCUUUAGGAAUGCUUCACAAUACACGAAAGUCCCGUCCCAACUUAGGGACCACGAAGUGCUGCCGGGCUUCUCAGAAAUCCCCUCGAUUAUCACCACAAUUCGUCACCCCAGACGGCGAGCUAUUUCGAUAGGCCCACAAUCGGAAGCCGAUGCCUAUGAGACCUUGGCAUACCGUGAGAAGCGCAGACGGGAAAGUCUUUCAGCGGGCAACCGAGCAUCACCUGUCACGGAUGCGGGAGGUUACAAUCCGCUCGUCUCCGGACACGAGUCCCCUAAACUGUCACGGAAGCAAUCCAAGCUGCACGAGUACGAGAAUAUGAUGGGUACCGGUGCUUCUGGUGCGGCGACAUCCGUCGAUGUUGGCUCGCGGGAAGCCUCUUCCACGGUGCCCUUCCCCGAGUUUGAUUCGGGAAUCGAGGCCGACGAGAAGGAUGUGUUUUCGCAGAUCAAACGGCCCCGGGUGCGGUAUGACGUCGAGGUCGUUACGAAGCUCGUUGUAUAUUCUGGAAUUGCGUGGAUUGUAAUGGAGGGAGCGCCCCUACUCUUUGAUCGGAUAGGGCUGGCGGCAUAGUCGCAGGGUGGGUCCGACUACGACCAUUUUGAUUCUGUAACCUCUUUCUCUUGUUUCUACGGUUCAGCGGGCUGGACUCAACAGGUCCUUGGUGUAACAUAGCUGCCGUUCUUGUACAUAGACUGUUGAUGAUCGUUUAUAAACGUGGAGUUCCUCAGCC